AUGUGCACACACCCUGUCCAGCUGUGGGAGGUGAGAGAGGGCUGCAGUGUCAGUGCUGUCCCCAGCUGUUCCCAAGGGUCCUCUGCAGUGAUCAGGCCACUGAUUGUCCUUAAAGGCACAGAUGGUGUCCUGAGCUUCAUGAUGUCAGGAAGAUCUCCAGAAAUGUUUUCUUAUGACCUGCUUGGUCUUCAUCUCUUUCCUUGGUUUUCAGCCUCAUUUCUCAGCCAGCUGGCUACAUUCCUCACACCUCAGGGCAGUAGCUCAGCCCACUACACUGGGAACUUCUUCAUAGGCUGCUCACACCCUGUGCAGGAGAAGUUCCAGUCAGCACACAGCACGGACAUGAGGGCCCCUGCUCAGCUCCUGGGGCUCCUGCUGCUCUGGAUUGCAGGUGCCAGAUGUGACACUCAGUUGACCCAGCCACCAUCCCUGUCAUCAUCUCAGGGAGACAGAGUCACCAUCACUUGCCGAGCCAGUCAGGGCUUUACCAAUUAUUUACAUUGGUACCAGCAGAGAGCAGGAAAAGCUCCAGAGCUCCUGAUCAGUUAUGCAACUACUUUGCAAUCUGGGUUCCCAACAAGGUUCAAUGGUAGUGGAUCUGGGACAGAGUUCACUCUUGCCAUCAGCAGCCUGCAGCUUGAAGAUGCCGCAACUUAUUUCUGUCAACAGAGUCAUUAUUAUCCUCCCACAGUGAUAUAAGUCAUAACAAAAGCCUCCCAGCAAAGCAGAAGUGAGAGGCUGGGCUGCCCCAGCUGCUCCUCCUGGGGCCUC